AACUGUAUGAAAAAACCGUUAAGUCAUAUAGAUAAAAUCCCAGUCAAACCCAAAAAACGGCGCAAUUUUCUCGGUAAACAAUGUCGUUCCAGGCCCGCCCUCUAUCUCUCUUAUAUAUGCAAAGAUGUCUCAACCCAGGAAUCCUUUUCAAGCUUCUCUGUUGUAAUAACUGGAACACCACAUCGGACUAUGUUUUCUUGUGCAUAUCUUAAGAACUCGUCGCCGUCAAUCCGUCGAGUCCUUGUCAAUGAUCGGCUGUGCGCGCACCUUUUGUUCACCCGAUCUCAAGGCUCCAUUUCAUCAUCUUCUACAUUGAAGUCCACUAGUGGGUGGCCCAGUUAUGGGAACGAUAAGCGUGGAUACUCUACGUUCAACGUGUUGUUGUCUUCAGGGGCUUUGGUUGUCGGAUCCAGCUUGGGAUUUUGUUAUUUGAAUUCAUUUGUGUCCUUCGCUGAUUGUCCUAAUGACGCAAUUUGGUCAACAAAUGAUGAUCAGUUUGGACAUGAAAAGAAACCCAGAUUCCUAUUUGGAGAUUCAUACAGGAGAAGAGUCUUUUUCAAUUAUGAGAAACGGAUAAGGUUGCAAAGUCCCCCUCAAAAGGUUUUUGAAUACUUUGCAUCUUUUCGAUCCCCUUCCGGAGAGGUUCUUAUGACACCAGCAGACUUGAUGCGAGCAGUUGUUCCUGUGUUUCCACCAUCUGAAUCAAAUAGAGUUAGGGAGGGUUUUCUGAGAGGGGAGCGGGUUCCUGGCGAGUUACAUUGUGCCCCUUCAAAAUUUUUCAUGUUAUUUGAUACUAAUAGUGAUGGACUCGUAUCUUUUCAAGAGUACGUCUUUUUUCUUACCCUUCUGAGCAUUCCAGAAUCAAGUUUUUCAAUAGCAUUUAAAAUGUUUGAUCUUGACAGCAAUGGAGAGAUAGACAGGGAGGAAUUCAGAAAAGUUAUGGCACUGAUGCGAGAUCAAUAUACGCAAGGGGCUCGACGCAAAGAUAGACGGCGAGCUGGUUUCAAAACUUCAGAGUCCGUAGAGAAUGGAGGUGUUGUAGAGUAUUUCUUUGGUAAAGAUGGCAAAUCGUGUCUGAAACAUGAAAGAUUUGUUCAAUUUUUGAGAGAUUUACACGAUGAAAUACUGCAGUUGGAAUUUUCCCAUUAUGACUACAAAAUGCGAGGCACAAUUCCGGCCAAGGAUUUUGCCUUGACAUUGGUUGCAUCUGCUGAUAUCAGCCAUAUAAACAAGCUGCUUCAGCGGGUUGACGAAAUAAACGAUGGACCACAUCUCAAAGACAUACAAAUAACAUAUGAGGAGUUCAAAAAUUUUGCAGAACUCCGCAAGAAGUUGCAGUCUUUUUCUCUCGCCAUUUUCAGUUAUGGAAAGGCGAAUGGGGUGUUAACCAAAAAAGAUUUCCAGAGAGCUGCAUCUCAGGUCUGUGGAAUCCCAAUUACAAAUAAUGUGGUUGACAUUAUAUUCCAUGUCUUUGAUACAAAUCGUGAUGGUAGUUUAAGUUCAGAUGAAUUCGUAAGGGUUUUACAAAGACGGGAAAUCGAGGCCUUGCCAACUAGAGAGGCAGGCUUCAAGGGACUGGUAGCAUGCUGGUUGAGCUGUGCAUCAAAUUGCUCAUCUAACAAGCUUUUUCUUUGAUCAACUGAUGCUUGAUGGACCUGAAUAUAUGCCGCUCAAUACACUAGUCGAUGACAAACUACUACAGCAGGGAAUUUUGGUCUCUUUAGAUGAAUAGCAGAUGAAAGAACUACGUAGCAAGCAAGACUAGCCAUUUGAGGAUGGAAUGGCUGUCAAGAUAUGUAGGGGACUGUUUGAAGUUAUGGUUCAUGAAACUAACUAUAUUUCACAAGCCACGCGUGAAAGUUUUGUACAGUAUUUUGGGCGUGAUGCGAACUCAUAAUUUAAAUAUUUUCCAUACCUUGUAAUUGUAUUUAUGAAUAUAAUCACACCAAGCUCAUUAUGGAUGAAUC